AUGGAGUCGCCGCGCGUGGUGCAGAGCAAUGGCGCCGCGGCUAGUCCUGCGGGGCCGCAAGUGCGCAACCGGUGCGCCAUUGCUGUGAAGAAUAAUGUGCAGUACCUCUUCGUGGUGGUGCCAAAGGCAAAGCCCCCUAAGAUUGAGCUUGAGCCGCUCAUGUUCUUCGAAACCCCCUCACCAGCGCCGGAUCCACAACAGACCAAAGAGCUGUAUGCGCCGGUGCAGGACAAAUGGAGCGUCUCUGUGGUGGUACCGCUGGAAGUAAAUGGUAGUGGUCAGCUGCAGCGCUCCAUCGUGUUCCCUGCUACAGAGUUCGCCUCUCUCGCUGACUUGCGGCAGCAGUGUGGCCCUUUCACAUCUUUCCAGGAGUACCCGGCACUCUUCGGGUGCCUCAGGGUCGAUAGAGUGUAUGUGCUUGUCGCCACCGCUGUCACAGUGGCGGUGUCGCUGCCGUUUGCCGGUGCGAUCUACAAUGUAGAGGGGACGGCAUGGGUACCGUUCGACCUACCUGGGGUGGCCCCUGUGCGUGUGAGUCCGACGGACCGGACACGGCUGCGCGAGUUUCAGGAGCACACGUACGGCCAAGGCUACUACUACAGCGACGACGUGAACCUCAUGCUGCCCUUCCCGUUCACAAAGCCGGAAAGCUACACACCGCCGGACAUGGCGUGCGACUGGUCCUGCCACCUGCGCAAGCCUUUCUCAGUCUGCUCGCUGGUGGAGGCAUGUUCUUUGCUGGUGCGUGGCUUCGCCGGAGAGCGCGUGUGCACACUGAAGGACGGCGAUGGGCUGCACCUAGUCCUGCUGGGAAGACAGAACGACAUCAACCCAGGACCGCGGUACCUCAGCCGCGGCCUUAACUCGGCGAACGGCGCCGGCAAUGACCACUACUACGAGUACAUUCUCUGGAAAUACCACGGCGCCGACACCGUCACCUUCACACGCCACUCGAUCCUGCGCGGUACUGUUCCAGUGCAUUGGACAACGCAGAUGAGCGUGACGCUCUCCGAACCAGCGAUGAUAUUCAGCAGCGAUAAGGCCGAGGUACUCCGCGGCAGUGCGGCGUACUUCAACCGCACGUUCCAGAACCUGAAGCAUGUGAUGCUGCUCGACACAAAUGGCCGCAGCGUGGCAAAUCCGCAAGUGCGAUGCAUUAACCUCCUCCGCCUCAAUCCGCAAAGCGGCGAAGAUGUGCUGGCACGCCACUUUUUGGAUGCUGUGCAGAUGUCAGACGCGAUCCUCAAGCAAAAGUUCCCCGGCAGCAGCCUCGACCUUGUCCAUGUCGACUGGCUAAACCUCAUCAAAGAGUACGGUAUCAAUGCUGCGACUGCUACGUUUUGGGAGGCGUCCAUGGGGUUUCUCGGCACUGCGUCCUCACCGGAGGACUCAAUGAUGACGGUGGGUAUGAUUCGGCGCACCGGCGAUGUGGAGCGCCUUAUCACCCAGUCGCGCUUUGUGCGACUGAACUGCGCCGACUCACUCGACCGAACUAACCUUGGCUGCUUCUUCACGUGCCUGCAGCUCUCCAUCGCGAUGCUCAUUACCCAACGCAUUCCCUACACUAACUUCCAAGAUAGCCCACCUGUACCCGGACUCGACGCCUCUGAGGAGGUUGACCAGGAAGGCGGGUACACCGCUGCCGUCGCACCGAUAUCUGGCACGAAACAGGCGGUGCGGAAGCCGUUUGUGAGCACCUGGAACGAUGCGCGCGAUCCACGGUGCAUUCCGCCCCCAAUUGUCCGCGCCCUAGCGCAGCUGUUCGUGAACAACGGCGACUGUGUGGCCAUGCUGUACACUAACUCUGCAGCCAUGCAUAGUAACAUCCUGCGCGGCGUCUGUGGCAUGCGAAUGCAGGGACACAACGCCGUGAUUGCAACGCAGCGCAAGUUCCAAAACGUCUUUGAAGACCGAAAGAAGCACCGCUGCAUCGAGCUGCUACUAGGCCGAAACCAGGGCACCCACUUCCCGUCUCUUAGCAGGGUGUACCUACUGCGGCCAGUGCCAUACAUGCAGUGGUCAUGCGCUGUCGUUGUCGUCGGUGUUCCCGACACCGUGACCACGGGGGAAAUAGAAGCGACUGUGCGGCGCGUGUGGGAAAGUGGUGUCACAGCACAGCUUGCCGCGCGUCAGCUACCACUGAUCGAGAGCAGCGCGUUGUGCUUCGUCGUCACGUUGUCAGAGGCGUCGGUCAAGCAGGAACAAGACGGGCCGGCGCUGUCCAUUCAGCAAGACUCCUCUGGUGGCAUGCCACCAGAGGGGGAUCUUGAGGAGGACGCGGCACAGGAGGACAACGCGCCUUUCCAGCGAAACGAGCGUCUCGCCAUCAUCGAGUUCGACCCCAAUCUGUGCAUCGCCGUGGACGCAGCGACAUUACUGCGGCAGCAGGGCUUCCUCCCUCUGGGCGGCAGCAACUGCAUCCUUGCCCCAUACGCCUACCCGCUGCAGAGGGCGAAUGACUCUAGCAGGAUGAGCGGCGCUGUCAAGAACGUUGGUUCGUCACUCAAACGCGGCCUCACCAGUUUGGUGCGCGGUCUCAACUGA